AUGUUCAUCAACAAACCCAUCAGUAUCUUCGUGGCUCCUUACAAAUUCGACUCGACUUGUCAUCAGUGCUUCAGAACAGAGCAGAAUUCGCUCCAUGGCUCCUGGAAAUAUAUUGCAAUCGGACCUCCCGGCUCUAAACUGAAGGACUGCUCCAAUUGCCGACGGGUCAAAUACUGCUCCGACUCAUGCGAAAAGCAAGCCUGGACCGAGCACCACAGAUACGAGUGUUCGGUCUACAAGAGCAGUAGCCUGGAAGAACUAAGCAACGAGAACGCUUUCACCGACCGUCGUGCUGCUCUGCGAAUCCUUCUGCAGCGAAAGAAUGGCGUGCUCUCCGGACAAGCUUGGAAGCAGAUUCUUGACCUCGAGGCACACGUUGACAAAGUGCUUCUAGAUCUUAUACGAGGUCCUCGCCUUGUCAGAGAUUCGCACGCCCUCCAAAAGCUUGCGGGUAGCGAGGAAAGCAUCUCAACUAUUCAACGUAUAAUGUGUGUUCUCGAAGCAAACAAAUUCUCUCUGAGCUAUCCCGAUAUGGACAUUCUGGGUAAGGUCUUUGAUCCAGAGCCGGCCAUGAUGAAUCACAACUGCGACCCGAAUGGUUUGAUCAGGACCGACGUCUCCAACCAUUUCUCUCCCGACUCAUCACCAAAUCCGAUUGUUGGCAGUAUCUCCGUCCAUGCACGCAAGCCCAUCGCCAAGGGAGAAGAGAUCUGCAACGGCUACGUUCCAGUCGUAUAUCCGACGAGUAUUCGCCAGACGAACCUGCAGUAUGGAGAUCACAAGACCACAGACGAGCAACUCAUGACUAUGGUACACAGUGUGAAGUGUCACAAAAAGACAUAUGCUGCAGCACUGAAGCUCAACCUCGCUGCUUUGGCAAGAGAGGGUAGCUCGAUCGAAGAGUAUCCAAUGGCCCAACUCCGAAGUCAGAUGGUAAUAAUACAAGACCUCCAGCUGCAAAGCAUAACUCUAGUUGAGCCACACCGAACAAUCGAGAUUGAGAAGCUUGUUGUCGAAUAUCUAGUGUUGGUGUACCGUGUUUAUCGGUCCUCGACCAAGGUUCGCGAAGACUACAACAUGUUACGAUGGCGUCUGUUCUGCUGGGUCUCAAUUCUGUACUCGGACACGACGAUCGCACAGAAGAUUCCGGAGGAGCAGCUACAGAACCUCUACACUUUUGUUCUGGACGAACUUGCGCAAGAUCUUCUGUCGCCUGAGCAGACUCAGUUCAUGCCGUGGGCUAAGCCGCUUGCGAAGGCAGGAAAGAACAAAGACAAGCGCAAUCCCGGCAUCAAGACGACUAGCACGACAUCGCAAGGUCUGUUCGAAAUGAUGUGUCUCGAGCAUCUCGAGGAGCGAAAAGCUUUGCCACGGUCGCUGCUUGCAAAGACUCUGGCGGUCGACAGCCCUAUGAGACUUUCACUCGAGAAGUGGAUCGACGUCGUGACUAGCGUUGCACUUGCAAGGGAGAAGUGCUUGCCUACCGAAGGUGUUGUCAGUGGUGGUCCUCCAUACGACUUGGAUCCGGUCGUUGCUCACGAGUUUCGGAAGCUCAGCUGUUUGUCGAUGAUCGAAUGUCUAAAGCAAAUGAACAUCUCGAAGUGA